AAAUUUCACUUUAUCAAUAAAAAUAAAGAAAAUGUUUAUUUUAUAUGUGCCUACCUAUGUGCUUACUUUAACAUUUUGUAUGACUAAUUGAAGAUUUUACAUCGUGCACAUUUAAAUAAUACUUUUAGAAGUUGUGCUUGACUGGGAGCGUCCAGAACAAAGACAGGCACCUUACGCAAUGACCGAGUUCCAAUUCCUGUUAUAACUGGAGGGGUGUAUGUAUAUGCUCAUGCAGUGAUAAAUUUUAAAUUGGAUCAGUUUUUAUCAAAAACUUAUUAAAAUGUCACAAACACUACUUGAAGGAACCAGCCAAGUUUGUGAUAUUCUUGAAAGGUUCCGCCAUAAUCUUAAAUCAGAAGGAAAUUAUGAACAUGAUAAAGAUCUAGCUGAUAUGAUUUCAAUGCUUGAUUCUCCAUUAUUUAAGCAAAUUGUAACAGUUCAUGACUCUCUUAAUGAACUCAAUAAGAAAUUUCAAACUACUAGAGAUAUUAGCAUCAAUGACUUUGAUUUUUCACCAACUGGAGAGCUUAUUUGGAAUCGGAAAAGAAAUGAUAGUUUUGAUGGAAGAUUUCUUAAAAUUAAUGGUGUACAAGAUUUUGAUGCAAGUGAUGACACUGAUUUUGAUGAUUCAAUCCUUGUUGAUUCUGAUUACUAUAACGAUAAAUAUUUUGUGAAUGGAGUUUUAUUAGCUGGAUAUGGAAGACACAUAGAAACUAUUAAAUUAGAAAAACCAAAUUUUGGAGGACUUGGUUUUAGUGUUGUUGGACUAAAAAGUGAAAACCGCGGUGAACUGGGGAUCUUUGUUCAAAACUUACAGCUAGGUGGAAUAGCUGAAAGGGAUGGCCGUCUACAAGUAUCUGAUCAAAUAUUAGCAAUUAAUGGAAAACUUGUAGACACAGCAAAAUCUCACCAGGAGGCAAUUUCGUUUUUACAGCAGAUCAAGGGAACAAUAGAAAUUAUUAUUGCUCGUGGUGAUUCACAAAGUCUUAAUAUGUUACCAGAGAAUGAUCAGUCACUUUUUAAUUAUGCACCAGAGGCACAAAGUCCUAAUGUAUUUAGAUUGAAAACACCAGGAAACAAUAUGCAAGAGGUUUUAACAAUAAAUCUCUAUAACGAUGGUUCAGGUUUAGGAUUUGGUAUUGUUGGUAGUAAAAAAUCAGGUGUCAUUGUGCGAAGUAUUGUUCCAGGUGGAGUAGCUGAUCGUGAUGGUCACUUAAGGAGUGGAGAUCAGAUAUUACAAAUAAAUAAUGAGAGUUUCACAGGGUUAGGAAGUGAUAAUGUUGCAAACAUAAUUCGAAAAGCUGGUAAACAUGUUAAGCUUGUGAUAGCUAGAGAUAUGAGGGAAGAAGAGGAGUCACAAGACCUAUCAGAUGAGAAAACAAUGUGGAGAGAUAUGGAGACAUUUGAAAUUCAACUUCUUAAAAAUGAAAAAGGAUUAGGUAUUCAAAUAGCAGUAUAUGUUGAUAAUGGUGUUGCAUCAGACAAGCUUUCAAGUAUAUUUAUACAGAAGAUUACAGAAGGAAGUGCAGCUGCUCAAGAUGGCAGACUUAGAAUUAAUGACCAAAUAUUAAGGGUUGACAAUAAAGACUUACAUGGUAUGAAUUACAUGGAAGCAAUUGAAGUAAUGCGAAAUACUGAUAAAUUGGUAAAUCUUGUAAUAGCAAGAGAACGUAGAAGACUUAGUGAAGGACUUUCUGAAGAUGAUCUCAGUAUUGCAUUUGCUAACAGUUAUUUGUUUGAUGAAGAUCUCUCUCCAGAAGAAGAAAAUGAGAUCGAAACCAAGUAUAAAGCAUUAUUAGGAAAUGAUUUACAAAUUCAGGUUGCACAGUUUUCUAAAUUUAAAGAUAGCCCAGCCUUAGGCAUAAGUGUUGAAGGCUCUACAGAGCAUCACGCUGGAGUAUCUAUGAGACAUCGAAUUCAUUCUGUUUUUCCUGAUGGUCCCGUUGGUAAAACAAAUAGAGUUUUCCCUGGCGACUUUUUAAUUGAAGUAAAUGGUAUAGUUGUACUUGAACUCAGCCAUCUUGAAGUUGUAACUCUUAUUCAAAGUUUACCAGAACACAUUCGUUUGGUUGUUGCUCGUUAUAAUGAAGAUAGACAAAAUGUGGAUGACGAUGUUGAAGAAACCAAUGAGAUUACAGGAGUUAAUUCAAAAUUUAGUAAUGAAAUCACAUACAUUCAAUUAGAAAAGCAAGAUGCAGGUCUUGGAUUUAGUAUUUUGGAUUACCAGGAUCCAAUGGCAUCUUCAAAAACUGCAAUUAUUAUUAAAAAUGUAGUUCCUGGUGGUGCUGCACAUGUUAAUGGAGUUCUUGAACCUGGGGAUCAAUUAGUAUCUGUUAAUGGAGUGAGAUUUGAUAAUGUAUCUCUUGAUACAGCUGUCCAGAUUCUUAAAUCAGCCCCAAAAGGAAUUGUUUCUAUUGGUGUAUUGAAAAAGCAAAAAGAAUUUUCUGUUAAAUCUGAUUUAAAUAAACUAAAGAAUGAUACAGUGGCAAGCAUUGUAUCAAACAAAUCGAUUCAGAACACAUCGGAGACAUCUGAUUUUAGACACUCAGAGGUUGUUAAUGAAUCUGCACCAUCAAUUAAUGAUGAAGGAAUAAUCACAAUUCAUAUAGUAAAUGAUAGUGCGGGAAUAGGCAUUAGUCUUGGUGAUGACCCAGAUGGGCAUGGCUGUCCAGUCAAGGGAAUAAUUGAAUCUGGUUCAGUAAAACAAAACGGAAACAUCCAAAUAAAUGAUCGCAUUGUUUCAAUUUGUGGGGAAAAUUUAAGACAGCAAUCAUCUCAACAUGCAAGAUCUGUUUUGCAAAAGGCAUCAAUGCAAGAAAAAAUUGUUAUAUCCUAUUUACCUGCCUCUAAAGUAUUGCAAUUGCAAAGUUUGGAUAAUAAGAAAAUAGAAACUCGUGAAAUCGAUCAAAAGUUGAAGGAGACUCCACCAGUAAUAAAGCCACCACCACCAAACUUCUUUCAAGCACCGCCACCACUUCAUUACUCUAAUAUUUUUCAAGAACCUAGAACAGUGGAAAUUAAACGUGAUGUAGAAUAUGGUCUUGGAAUCAGCAUUGUUGGUGGUAGACAAGAUGAAAAUGGCCAAAGGCUUCAUGGUAUAUAUAUAAAAAAUGUUUUAGAAAAUGCUCCUGCAAGUGUUGGUUCAAGUUCUUUGUUAACUGGUGACCAGAUUUUAGAGGUAAAUGGAGUUAAUUUAGUUAAUGCGACUCACGAAGAAGCAGUAGCUGCAAUUAAAAAUGCUCCUGAUCCAGUAAAGUUUGUGGUUCAAAGACUACGAAGUCCUUCUCCACCUGUAGAAAGAGAAAGCCAAAUAAAUGAAGACCAGCCUAUUUUAACAGAUAUAUAUGGAGAAGAAAUAGAUCAAAACAAAUUAAACCUCUACAGUAACAUUGAUGGACCAAUUUUUACUGUUAAUCUAAUCAAAGGUAAACUAGGAAUCGGAUUAAGUAUUGCUGGUGGCAAAGGAGCAGAGUCAAAUCACAUAUUUGUAAUUGAUGUGAAACCAGGUGGACCAGCAGAUGUUGAUGGACGAAUACAGCGUGGGGAUGAACUGUUAGAGGUAAAUGAUGUCAAGGUUCAAGGUCUUUCACACCAAGAUGCUUCUAAUAUUCUUCGCAAAGCUGAAACUACUGCUAAGCUUCUCCUCGGUCGACCAAAUGAUCCAUCACAAUUUAACACUCUUUUUCCAAGUGAAAAAAUUCCAGUCCCUAACAAAAUGAAAACUGUCUGUGUGGAACAAACAAUAGUUUUAAACAAGGCAAACGCAGGCCUCGGAUUCGCCAUUGGAGAGGGUAGAAGGUCAUCUGAUGGACAAGCAGGGAUAUUUAUUCGUAACAUUACUGAGGGUGGCACUGCAUUUAAAGAUGGAAGACUUUCGGUAGGAGAUCAACUCCUGUUUAUCAAUGGUCAUUCACUACGAGGUUUGUCUCAAAGUCAGGCAGUGAGUAGAAUUCGUGACUCAGAAGGUGAAGUGGUGCUUCAAGUGUCUCGAGAAAUUGAAGUUCCACUGGAUGACGAUAAAAACAUAACGAAAACAGAUAGUGAGCAAUUAUCCACAGAAACAGAAAACUUUUCUUCUACUUUGACAUCUUUUUCUCCACAUCUUCCAGUUAUAUCCUCGCCUAUUCGUGUUUUGGACUCAGUGAAUGAACUUGAAGAAGUUUUAACAAAAAAUCCUAUUAUCCUUGGUAAUCCUACAAGCAUUCAAAUAAACAUAGUGGAUAAAGGUCUAGGAAUAAGUAUUGUUGGCGGAGUAGACACUCCAUUGGUAGAUGUUUUUAUAGUGGAAAUUUUUGCUGAUGGUGCUGCUUUUGAAGACAAUAGACUUUGGUCAGGUGAUCAAAUAUUGAAAGUGAAUGAAUAUGAUAUGAGAGGUAUAACACAUGACAUGGCAGUCAAUGCAUUGUGCAGCGAUGUUGCUGUUAUGCGAUUAGUUGUACUUAGAAGUGAUGAGAUAUCUAAAGAUCCGAAUUCGUUUGACUAUUUCACAGUCAGCAUUGAAAAACCAAGCAUAGGUGGUCUUGGUCUAACCAUUGUAGGAAGAAACGAAACCGGUGUUUUUAUAUCCGAUGUUGUGAAAGGAAGUGUCGCUGAUUUAUGUGGAAAAUUAGCUCAUGGAGAUGAAAUUCUUUCUAUCAACGGUGAAGACCUGAGGAGUUCUUCUCAAGAAAAAGCUGCCGCGAUGUUAAAACGCGUUCAAGGCUCUGUUACGUUAGAAGUAUCACGGUUAAAAGGAGUUUCAUCGCGUGAUCAUGCAAAACCUGACAAAAAUCUACCAGCUGGCUACGAUAAAUCAGUAGAAUCUUUAAUACCGUGUAUUCCGGGUGGUUUUAAACAAACAAGCGAUGGUCAUCUUAUCGAAUUUUACAGAUCCGCUAAAGAGCCUCUUGGCAUGAGUCUCACUCCGGGACCAAAUGGAGUUAUUUCUGUGUCGUACAUUCAGCCAGGAUCGGUUGCUGGUAGGACUCACCUUCGCAUUGGUGAUCGUCUUUUAAAAAUAAAUGAUUAUACAGUCCAAGAUAUUUCAACUGCUCAGUCAAUGCUAGCUGAAUUAACAGGAAGAGUGGUUUUGUCUAUUAGCCGUCCAAUUGUUGGUAAGGGGCAUCCGGCCGCAACCUUAACGACUAUAAAUCAAGAAAAUGAAUCACUUGAAGCUAAGUCCUCAAACUUGCAUUCAAGCACCGGCUCAAAUGAUAGUAUUAUUUUUAAACCGCAUAUCAAGUCUAUAGAGCUUGAGCGUGGUUCAGAAGGACUAGGUUUUAGUAUAGUCGGUGGAUGUGGUUCACCUCAUGGAAAUUUACCGAUUUACGUUAAAACAGUUUUCGAGAAAGGUGCUGCUGCGAAAGACACCCGUUUGAAAAGAGGAGACCAAAUUCUUGAUGUUAAUGGUAUAAGUCUAGAAGGUGUGACCCACGAAGUAGCUGUCAAUAUCUUAAAAAAAAGCAAAGGCUCCAUAAAAUUAACUGUUUUGUCAUCUUCCUAAUUUAUCCAAAUAAAAUAAUACCCGAAUCGCACAGGUCUCCACAAAAAAGAAUAAGAAAUUGGCGAAUAACAUGUUCUGGUAAACAUGCAGUUUGUACAAUAGUAUGUGCAUGUUCCUGUAAACACGCUGACUUAUGGACACAAUAGAUAUCAAUGGUGUGCAUUUUUUGAUGAAAGGGGGAAAGACGCUUCUUAUUUAAAAAGUAAAAAAAAACAUGUUUUGUUUUCUAUUCAUUGUUCAUUAUAAGUAUAUAAAAAAUUUAUAAUAUUUUAUUACAAGAAAAUAAUUAAAAAUACAAGUUACUACUUGUAUUUUUAUACUGUCACACUUUCUUAAGUUGAAUAAAAAAUCGAUUUGUAACUUUA